UUGGGGUUGGACCAGAACGUUCGUCUAGAGCCCAUUCCAACCACGGAAGACAUUUUCGUGCGUACUCUUUGAAUCAGCCGCUGCAUUUCAAGGGAAGUGGGGGCCAAGAUGGCAACUACUAAGGUCCCCGAGGUUCGCGACACCACCAGGAUUGAGAGAAUUGGAGCCCAUUCGCAUAUCCGUGGUCUUGGACUGGAUGAUGCCUUGGAACCCCGCCAGGUUUCACAGGGGAUGGUUGGUCAGCUGGCAUCAAGAAGGGCUGCUGGGCUCAUUUUGGAAAUGAUCAAAGAUGGUCACAUCGCAGGUCGCGCUGUUCUCAUUGCUGGGCAGCCUGGCACAGGAAAGACAGCCAUCGCCAUGGGCAUUGCCCAGUCUCUUGGGCAAGAUACACCAUUCACUGCUCUGGCUGGAAGUGAGAUCUUUUCCCUUGAGAUGAGCAAGACAGAAGCUCUGACCCAGGCCUUCCGCAAAGCCAUCGGCGUCAGGAUCAAGGAAGAGACUGAAAUCAUUGAGGGAGAGGUGGUGGAGAUCCAGAUCGACAGACCAGCCACGGGAACUGGAGCCAAAGCUGGCAAGCUGACCCUGAAGACUACAGAGAUGGAGACCAUCUAUGACCUGGGCAGCAAAAUGAUUGAAAGCCUGACCAAAGAGCGUGUCCAGGCUGGAGAUGUUAUCACCAUCGAUAAAGCCACUGGGAAGAUCAGUAAACUGGGACGCUCCUUCACAAGAGCUCGAGAUUAUGAUGCCAUGGGUGCCCAGACGCAGUUCGUCCAGUGUCCAGAGGGGGAGCUGCAGAAGCGUAAGGAGGUUGUCCACACUGUGUCCCUGCACGAGAUAGACGUCAUUAACAGCCGCACACAAGGCUUCCUGGCUCUCUUCUCAGGUGACACGGGAGAGAUCAAGUCGGAGGUCCGAGAGCAGAUCAACGCUAAAGUGUCUGAAUGGAGAGAGGAGGGCAAAGCUGAAAUCAUUCCUGGGGUACUCUUCAUUGAUGAGGUCCACAUGCUGGACAUGGAGUGCUUCUCCUUCCUGAACCGCGCCCUUGAAAACGACCUUUCGCCCGUGCUCAUCAUGGCCACCAACAGAGGCAUCACUCGCAUUCGUGGAACCAACUACCAGAGCCCCCAUGGAAUCCCCAUUGAUUUGCUGGACCGCCUGCUGAUCAUCGCCACCACCCCCUACACAGAGAAAGAGACCAGGCAGAUCCUUAAGAUCAGGUGUGAGGAGGAGGAUGUGGAGCUGAGCGAGGAGGCGCACUCCGUCCUGACGCGCAUUGGAAUGGAAACCUCCCUCCGUUACGCCAUCCAGCUCAUCAGCACUGCUGGCCUGGUCUGCCGCAAGCGCAAGGGCACCGAGGUGCAAGUGGAAGACAUCAAACGGGUGUACUCGCUCUUCCUGGACGAAGCACGCUCCUCACAGUAUAUGAAAGAUUACCAAGACUCCUUCCUUUUCAAUGAAGCACAAGUUCCUCAGAUGGAUACCUCAUAAUAGUUCUCAUACAGGAUGCCUUUUUUUUGUACUGUGUUCUGAAAUGUGAUCUUAUUUUCCAAUGGACUUCAAUUCACCAAGCAAACCUUCCCCAGAGAGAGAGAACUUACCUGGAGGCCUUACCUCUCUGGGCUACUGAGUACCUCAACACAACAGUCAACAUGAGAGUCUGUCAUGGGAUCUAAGUGCAUCCCUUUCUGGACAGCUUUGAUUGGUAUGAAUGAGUAGAGACCUCUACAUUUAUGUGGUGGUUAUACAACAUUUAUUGAUCUGUUUUAAAAUGAAAACUAAUUAAACUGUUGAAGAAUAAAAGUCUGCUCUGGGCAGAAGACCUUUUCUAA